GGGAUUACAGGCAUGAGCCACCCACACCCUGCCAGACAGGUCCUUAUGUAUAAAUGAAAUUAAAAAUAAUGCCUACCUUAUAGGGUGGUGUUAGUAAUUAAAUGACAUAAGGCAAAUAAAAUGCUUAAUAUGGUGCUUGACAUAGUGUAAAAUUAAAACCAAAAAAUUUUGUUAUCCCCAUUUGGUAGAAUGUUCAGAAGUUAAGGGUUAAGUUUUUGGCCAAGGUCACACAGCUAGUAGAUGGUAGACAGUGGAGCCUGGAUUUGAACUCUGGUUCCUGUCCCAGGCCAUCUCUUUGAACCUGAGCAUUGUUCUACCUCCCAUAGGAAUAAUUCCUUCUUGGUGGGUUGCUCUGAAGCUUUGUGAGAAAAUGUCUGUUAAAGUAUUUAGCUCAGUGCCUGGCACACACCCAAUAUUAGGGUUAUUUUGUGUUUUUUUUUUUUUUGCCAGCAUGUCAUAGUUUAUUCUCAAACCCUGAAGUACUAUAUAUAUCCUUUAAUAAUCCCAUUGAGAGAAUUUCAUGCUACUUAGAGGGAGUGCUUACUUACAUAUGGGUGAUACUUUCCUGUUUCCAUUGUAUAGUCUACUUAAUAAUGUUAGUUUUUGUUCUCCCUUCCCAAGAACACCAGAUCCCUUCCAGGGGUUUGAGAAAUUCUCCUCUUCCCUUACUAAAAAAACAUGGGAUUUCUCACAGGUUAUUGGAAAAACACCUGCUGGUUGUAAGCAGGCUGCCUGCACAGCCAUUUGCCCCCAGCAGCACUUGGGUGGAAUCCUUGCAGCUGUGGAGUUCUUCCUUUUCCUCUAGGGUGGAGGCCAUGCCACCUCCUGGGAAAGUUCCCCGGAAGGAGAACCUGUGGCUACAGUGUGAGUGGGGGUCCUGCUCGUUUGUGUGCUCAGCCAUGGAGGAGUUCUGUGAGCACGUCACUCAGCACCUGCAGCAGCACCUUCACGGCUCUGGGGAGGAGGAGGAAGAGGAGGAUGAUGAUGACCCGCUUGAGGAAGAAUUCUCUUGCUUGUGGCAGGAAUGUGGCUUUUGUUCUCUGGACAGUUCUGCCGACCUCAUCCGCCAUGUCUACUUCCACUGCUACCACACGAAGCUGAAACAGUGGGGGCUGCAGGCCUUGCAAAGCCAGGCUGACCUCAGCCCCUGCAUCCUGGACUUCCAGAGCCGGAACGUCAUCCCCGACAUCCCUGACCACUUCCUGUGUCUGUGGGAGCACUGUGAGAGUUCCUUCGACAAUCCCGAGUGGUUUUAUCGGCAUGUGGAAGCGCACAGCCUGUGCUGUGAAUACCAAGCAGUCGGCAAGGACAACCAUGUGGUGCUGUGUGGCUGGAAAGGCUGUACCUGCACCUUCAAGGACCGCUGUAAGCUUCGAGAGCACCUCCGUAGCCAUACCCAGGAGAAGGUGGUGGCCUGCCCCACCUGUGGGGGCAUGUUUGCCAACAACACCAAGUUCUUGGAUCACAUCCGUCGCCAGACCUCAUUGGAGCAGCAACGCUUCCAGUGCUCUCACUGUUCCAAGAGAUUUGCCACCGAGCGGCUCCUGCGGGACCACAUGCGCAACCAUGUGAAUCACUAUAAGUGCCCUCUGUGUGACAUGACCUGCCCGCUGCCUUCCUCCCUCCGCAACCACAUGCGCUUUCGCCACAGUGAGGACCGCCCCUUUAAAUGUGACUGUUGUGACUAUAGCUGCAAGAAUCUGAUCGACCUCCAGAAGCACCUGGAUACCCACAGCAAGGAGCCAGCCUACAGGUGUGAUUUCGAGAGCUGCAGCUUCAGUGCCCGAUCCCUCUGCUCUAUCAAGUCCCAUUACCGCAAAGUGCAUGAAGGAGACUCAGAGCCAAGGUACAAAUGUCAUGUGUGUGACAAAUGCUUCACACGGGGCAACAACCUCACUGUGCACCUUCGCAAGAAGCACCAGUUCAAGUGGCCCUCAGGGCACCCCCGUUUUCGGUAUAAGGAGCAUGAAGACGGCUACAUGCGGCUGCAACUCGUUCGCUAUGAGAGUGUAGAGCUGACACAGCAACUACUGCGGCAACCACAAGAGGAAUCCGGCCUGGGAGCAUCACUGAAUGAGAGCAGCCUGCAAGGCAUCAUUCUAGAAACAGUGCCAGGGGAGCCAGGACCUAAGGAAGAGGUGGAAGAAGAAGAGGGUGGGGGCAGUGAGAGGACAGCCCUGUCAGCCUCUCAGGACAACUCCAGCCCUGUUAUCCAUGUGAUGAAUCAGACCAACGCUCAAGGCCAGCAAGAGAUUGUCUACUAUGUGCUGUCUGAAGCCCCAGGAGAGCCCCCUGGAGCCCCUGAGUCACCCUCAGGGGGCAUCAUGGAAUAGCUGAGGAGCCGGAGGUCCAGAUGGUGUGAAGGCUGUGGAGCCAGACCGUUCCUACACCAGGCCCCAGAGUUUGAGCCAGGCAAAUGCAGUGCCCCUAGUGGGCAGCCUUUGCCAAUGGAUGCCUUUAAGAAUGGUGCCGAGAGCAGUGUGGUCCACUGUGGCCCAGGCUUGCAUCAUUCUGCAGACUCUAAGGACUUCCCUUUUCUGCCAGACUGUGUUUUGUGGGGAGUCUGAGGAGUUUGGAUUCUUCGAGGGGAUCCUGGAUGUGUUUGUUCUUGUUAAGGGGGGUAUUAUCAGGCUUAACCAUAACCCCCAAGACAUGCUGGAUGGUGAUUAAAUCCUCUGUCAACUCACAUCCAUUCCUAUCUUUGGGGGUCCUCAGACCCAGGCAUGAUGUGUGACUGGUCUCUGCAAGGGCCCUUUCCUUGUCACCAGCCAAGGCAUUGAGAAGCAAGUAGCCAUUUCCCUCUUAAGGUUUCUCCUACAACUCCAAGGACUUUCAUGGUUAUCCUCAGGGAUGGGAUUGGAGGCACUGAGUGUGUGUAUAACAGUUGUUUUUGGUAAUAAAAGAUGCUUGGGCUGUUA